GUGGUCGAAUCGAAAACCCUAGAUUUAGUGUCAGCCGCUGAACGUGUCUAAUUAGUGGCCCUUCUUUGCCUUCUCUCUGGACUCUGGAGUCUUCCAACUCAGACCAUAUCCAUAUGCGCAUUGGUCCCAUCCAGAAAGCAGCCCACAAUCGAUACAUAUUCUUGAAUUUAAACUUCUGUACUGGGAUUCCCCUUUUCCUGAUACUCCGUUACAACACCACAAUAUCAGGUACUACACUUCCCAACAUGAUUAUCCACUGAUUCACUGUUUCUAAGCGAUUUCAGGAUUGCUUGAAGUUGAAGACCUGCCAUGGCAGUCGACACGACAGCUCCAAGUUAUUGGUUCAACUGGAGGUUCUUACUCUGUGCAAUAUGGAUCUUAGGAGCUAUAUUUGUCUCAGUGUAUCUGAUAUGGAAAUAUGAAUGGGGUAACAAAUCCAAACACCAAACGAGCGGGAAUCAAAAAGAUUCAUCGCCAUGCCUGUAUCAUGGAGAAGCUUGGUCCACCUGUUCGAAAUCAAUCCAUCCCAUUUGGCUUCUUGCUUACAGAAUGAUUUCUUUCUGCGCCAUGCUUGCGUUUAUUCUUGCUGAUACUAUCGUCCACAGCCCUGGAAUCUUUUUCUUUUACACUCAGUGGACAUUUACAAUUGUCACCAUCUAUUUUGCGCUAGCGUCUACACUCUCGAUUUACGGCUGUCUGCAAAAUUGUCAUUCAGAAAGGGAUUACAGUGCCGGCACAGAUGCAGAGCAAGGCUCAAUAGGUGGAGACGUUCAAAAUGUUGCUAGCAUGAGCACAAGCUUGAAUCUUAAGGAUGCCAAAAAAUGUAGUGCUUUAGUAUUUUGGGGAAAUGCCUUACAAAUACUUUUUCAGGUCUGUGGUGGAGCUGUUGUGCUUACUGAUUCUGUCUUCUGGCUCAUAUUAUAUCCAUUUUUCUCUGGAAAGAAUACCAAGUUGCAAUUCCUCGCUGCUAGCAUGCAUUCUUUCAAUGCAGUUUUUCUCAUUGGAGACACUAUGUUGAACAAUCUGAAAUUCCCGUUCUUUCGGAUAGCUUACUUUGUAUUGUGGACAAGCACAUUUGUUGUCUUCCAAUGGAUCUUCCAUGCUUUUGUUUCUGUGAAGUGGCCUUAUCCUUUCCUUGAUUUGUCGUCUCCAUAUGCUCCCAUAUGGUAUUUAGGCGUGGGGCUGCUGCAUCUGCCAUGUUAUGGGAUCUUUGCUCUUAUAUUCAAGACGAAACAGUGUUGCUUCUCUAGAUGACCUGGAAUAAGGUUCUUGGCAACAUCAGGGAGUCGGUAAUUAAUUGGGCCAAAUUGUGACAUAUUUUUGCUUUAGUUGACACAUGAAUAUUGUUUUUGUAGUGUGGAUGAGGACUCGACUGGUUGUUCACAAUUAAUUAUUGGUUUCACAAUUUUCUUUUAUACCCA